CGCUCCUUUGCGUCUCUCUCGUCUCAUCGGUUGCUUUGGUGUCCGCGGCUGGUCCUUGCGCUUUCUGCUUUCUUUUCUUUUCCUCCAUCCCCCUCGAUGGCUUCCGUCCGUCAUGCUCCGGCUGUUUCUUCUUUCUAAUUCGUCCCGGUCCAUGACCAUGUUCCCUGGCGUCCUUCUCACCCGCCGUCCUGAUUGUUGCCGCCGUGGGUGAUGCCGUCCGAUUUGGCCCGCCAUCACCGCCAUCCGUCCCCGGGGCUCGCCCCUCAAGCAUGUCCGGACAUCCGUUGAAGAAGCUGCGCGAGCUCUGGCGGCCAGUCAUCGAACGUCUCCCGUCGAACCGAUCCGAUGCUUCCUAUCCGCCGCAAAAUGGGCCGGUCAAGGAAGGAUGGCGCCCGUUCGCCUUGCGUCCCCUGUACCUCACUCUGAUUGCCGCCGCAAUGCUCCUCAUGUUCGUCACCAUCGAGACCCUCCGUCGAUAUACCGACCAAUACGGAGGCCUCGUCUUGAUGCAAGCCACCGACGAGGUCUCCAGCGUCCAGUCCUUCGCCUAUAACUACGUUCCCAUCAUAGUGGCUCUGAUCUUGGUGAUCCUAUGGUCCUUCAUCGACUUCGACGUCCUCCGUCUCGAGCCGUACUUCCAACUCUCCCGACCGGAAGGCGCCCCCGCCUCCGUGCUGUUCAUCAACUAUAAUUUUGGACAGACCGUCAUCACGCCCCUUACCUCGGCCAAGCGCGGCCAUUGGAUCGUCCUGCUCGUCUCCUUCCUGAGCUUGUUCAUCCGCAUGAUCCUGCCUGCCCUGCAGAGUACCCUGCUCGAAUUGCGCGAGGUGACCGUCAUCACCGACCAGGAAAUGAAAACGUGGCCGACGCUCGUGGACCUGGACACCCAGGGCCGCUGGAUCUCAAGUCAGGAAGACACUGGGUUUGACACCGAAUCCGACUUUGGCUCGGAUGAUAGCAGCACCGUGCGGCGGGGUCGAUCGUCCCAUUACGCCGUCGCGCCCGUGGAGAUCCCCCGCGAAGAUCGCCGCGAGACCACCGUCUGGACGGUCAACCAGACCGUGUACUGGGUGCAGUCCGCCUGCCACGACGUCUUCACCAACGACAGCCUGACGGUCGCCAUCAACAAAACAGAUCCGGAACUCCCGCGCCUCGAGUGGAGCGUGACCGGCGUUCAGCUCGAACACCUCGAUGCCGCCCCGCGGGACUGCACGUUGGAUUUCAGCUACGACAGCAUCUUCUUUCCGGCCACCGAUUUUUUGCAGGUUCGCUACUGGGAACCCGUGCAGUCGAACCGCACCCUGAAGUCGGAGGAUGGGCGGAGAGCCUUCACGGCCCGCGGCUGCAAUCCGUUCGAUCUGUACGGCGUGCUGAUCUCCGUCAACGCUACCGAGGGCGAAGCCGAUGCCCUCACCCAGCUAGGUCCGCAGUAUACCUCCUCCGCCACCAUGUUUGCCUGCAACGUGGAUUACCGUCGAGCCGAGGCCGCCGUAUCCAUGCACGCCAAUAGCUCCAUCACCGGUAUCCAGCUCUACAACGAGACCAUCCGGUCGCUGAAUGACACCGAAUUCAACCUGGAGGAGUUCCGGGGUCUUCUGGCCCACCGUGCGCCCUAUACGAGCGACAUCGUCUUCAUGCAGUACAAUCGGACCAUGGGCGACCGAACGAUCACGGAGCUUCCCGUCGUCAGUCAGGACAUGGGGGAUAUCGACCCAGUGCUCGUGCUCGACACGUCCACCGUGAUGGGUCAAGAUGAGUUUCAAGACAAAGUAACGCGGGGGGCUCGACAGACGUUCAUCCUGACGAUGAGCCGUCUUUUCAACCCCGACGUGCCUCCCACGGUGAUGCCGGCCUUGCGACUGACGAAGCAGGUGGCCAUCGCUGUGGUCGACUUUGCCGCCAUGGGAUCCGAGGUCAUCCUGGCCCUGGGCGUGCUCAUGACGCUGACCAUGGUCUACUUCUACCGCACCCGCGACAACAUCAUGCAAGGCGAUCCGGGGUCCAUCGGUGCUAUGUGCAGCAUGGUCACCGACGUCCUCAGCCCGACCAACGUCCUCGCCGAUCCCGCAUCCGACUUUCACCAAUUCUCGACGCGACAGCUGCGCAUGCACCUGCGCAAUUAUCGACUCUACUGGCACGACGGGCCGACCGGACGACGGGUAGACCUUGUGACCACUGAUGGCUCCCCGGUCAGCUUUGGCGAUCAGAUCCGGACCCGCUUCGACCCUCGACCGCACUUCCUUGUCAUCCCCAUCUUUAUUGUCGAGUUUCUCCUCCUGGCCGCCAUCAUUGCCGUCAUGUCACUCAUCAUCGCGUCACUGGCCCACGAGGGCAGCUUCCAGCAUCUCACCCAGUCGGACUCCAGCUUCUUCCAGGUCGUACUGUCAUUCUUGCCGUCCGUGGUGGCGUCGGCGGUCGGGGCCCUCUGCAAUUCCAUCCACCGCAACAUCAGCAUCCUAGAGCCGUGGGUGCACCUGCAACGCGGCAAGGCCAAGGCGAACUCAUCCCUGUCGAUGAACUACGCGGCGCAGAACCCGUGGGCCGUGCUCGUCAAAACGGUGCGAGACCGCAACCUCCUGCUGGGUCUCGUUUCACUGGCCUGUGCUGCCAACACGAUUCUUACGGUAGUGGCCGGUGGGCUCUUUGAACAGCAAUUGACGACCUCCUACUUACCCACUAGUAACCUGCGCACCAACUACAGUCAAUCCGUCUUUCACCAAACCGAUUUCGCCGCCGACUUCACUGAAUACGAUCUGAUCCAGACCAGUAUCACCAGCGGCGUGCCGAUGCUGCCAUGGACGGUCGCCAACUACUCAUUUGUCCCCCUUAAGAUCAGCAACCCCGACUCCGAUGCCAUGUACGAGGCGAGGACCCUAGGCAUCGGCGCGGAGCUAGAAUGCCGACAGCUGUCCGUGACCCACGACCUGGUGACCGACCCGACGACAGGGUCCCGUGCCUGGCAGUACCAGCCGUUCCGCAAUGCCAGCCGGCAAUGCGUGGCCGGCAUGGACCCGCUCACCCGGAAUAACAAGGACGUGGCACUAUCCAUCCACUUCCUCUCCCCGAUUCCCGAAGACGACCGCGACCAGGACGAGUGCCAGACGACGACAACCGUGAUCGUCGGACGGUGGAAUUACACGGCCCACGCGCCGCCGACCGACUCGAACACGAUCGCGCUGCAGUGCGAGCCGCGCGUGCGCAUGAAAAAGUUCGAUCUGACCUUCGAUCAGAAGGGCCAGAUCCAGGACCACGAACCGGUCAACGACAGCGUCAUCACGGACGGGUCCAUGUUUGACAACGCCACCGUCAGCCUGGGCCAGUUCAACAAGGUGUUUGCGGCGAUCCCGCAGAGCUUCGUGGGAGAGGACCCGGACGCGCACGAGGGGUUCGUCUCGUCCUACGAUUGGGCCGGGUUUCUGGUGGCCCGGUUGUACAAGCAGCAGGAAUCGGCUCUGACGCCCCUGGUAGCCGAGGAUCUGACCCGCAUGUCACAGACGGUCUACCAAUGGGUCUACAGCACGUACUUCUCGCUCUGGCGCCGGAACUACCUGCAGCCGCUGGCCAACCCCCCGGUGGCGGACAACGCCACGGUGAUCUACAACACCUGGGCCAUGGUGCCGUCGGUGCCGUCGCUGGCGAUCGCGCUGUUGAUCAUCGCGCUGGACACGCUGGUCGUGCUGGUGGUGUUUGGCACGCGCCGGGGCCGGUUCCAGGGGCCGCGCAUCCCGCGGUCGAUCGGGGCGGUGAUCCCGUGGCUGGCCAACAGCCGCAUGCGUGAUGACCUGCGUGGCACCAACAGCUGGUCCAGCCAGCGGCGGCGGGAGUAUCUCAACGGGUUGGACAAGCGGUACGGGUUCCGAAUGUUCCUAGGCGAGGACGGGCGCUGGCGUUACGCCGUGGACGAGGAACCCAGUCCCGAGAAGCCCCCGGCCCAGCACGAAGAGGCCUCCGACGCCGGGAAAACAGGACCCCCCGUGGAACUCCGCGAGCUGGACGAGUUGGACGAGACGGGGCGACGCCUUUCAUGAUUUGACGAGAGAUGACACUUUGUAUUAUAGAGUUCGCAUUGGGAAAGGGGGUUUUUUGAAUGUAUUGUACAUAGAUCUUUGGGAACUGGCAGGAAAAUAGGACGGCGUGAAUGGAUUUGGAUCAACUAUCCAGCUUUAUUUCCUCCCCUCUUCACCAGUCACACAACACUAAACACUACCUACUGGCACUAAUUACACCCUUCCGCACUCGCUGGGCUAUCAUCACCGUCUACAGACGAC